UGGGGGCGGUAAUGAGCCCCUACAGCUGCAGUCUGCCGGAAGUCAAGAAGAAGAAGAACUUCCGGGUUGCAGGUGACGGGUGGAUGUUGUUUGUUGCGGGUCAAAUCAACGGGGACGACUCCUACUCCUUUAAACCGUUUCUCCCGGUACUUCAUCGGAACGUGACUGCGUUCGGUUGAUGUCCUCACCUCAUAUCCGUUAACCGGAUCUCAGUCACGGUCCUCCAGCUGUUUGUCCCCGCACCGACCCUCUGAUGGCCUCCAGGCGGCCGGACAGCUUCGACGGGCUCGUCUAUCGCGGCCGCGAUGACCCGCUGUACGGAGCCAGCUACCCGGUCAGGAUGCACGGAGCCCCGGCUGAGCUUCAACACCACCACUGGGUCACCACGCCGCCGGACAUCCCCGGCAGCCGCAACCUGCACCCCGGAGAGCGGACACCGCAGUACGAUGAGUCUUUGGGAGAGCAUGGGGGUCCCGGAGCCGCAGCUGGCUGGGACACUCCGCAGCCCGGGGUACCUCCUGCCGAGCAGCUCAAUCGAUUCGCCGGGUUUGGAAUCGGAUUGGUCAGUCUGUUCACAGAGAACGUCCUGGCUCAUCCCUGUAUCGUCCUCCGCAGACAGUGUCAGGUGAACUACCACGCCCGCUGCUACCACCUGACUCCGUUCAGCGCCGUCGCCAUCAUGUACACCAUCACCAAGGCUCAGGGUCCGAAGGCUCUGUGGAAGGGGAUGGGCAGCACCUUCAUCGUUCACGGCAUCACACUGGGAGCUGAGGGCAUCAUCAGCGAGUUCACACCGUUACCACGGGAGCUUCCUCACAGGUGGAGCUGGAAACAGCUGGCUGGACAUUUACUGCUGAAAGGAUUAACAGCUGUGGUGGCUCUUCCAUUUUACUGCGCCAGCCUCAUUGAGACUGUCCAGAGCGAGAUAGUCCGUGACGACUCGUCCUCCGGUCUGCUGGACUGUGUCCGCGAAGGUCUGGCUCGGUUGUUGGGUGUGGGAGCUCCUCACAGUCGUCGUCUGCUGCCUCUCAGCUCUCUGCUGCUUCCCGCCGCACUGCACGCCAUCCUGCGAUACGCCAUCGCCGCGUCUGUGCAGCGGGUGGCGCUGUGGCUGCACCAGCGGGGCCGGAAGCAGCGGGCGGACCCUUCCAACCCGUUGGACGCCUACUUCCCCGAGCUGGCGGCGGCGUGGGUGGGCUCUCUGGUGGCUGACGUCACGGUGUUUCCUCUGGAGACGGCGCUGCACCGCCUCGGCCUGCAGGGCACGCGCACCAUCAUCGACGCCACCGACGGCGUGGUUGCUGCAGGAAACGGCGGCAGCCCGCUGGUCCUGCCCGUGAACACGCAGUACGACAGCUUCUCCGACUGCCUCCACGCCAUCCGCCGCAAGGAAGGGGGGGCGGGCUUUUACCGGGGGUUCGGAGCACUGGUGGCGCAGUACGCGCUGCACGGAGCGCUGCUGGCCGCAGCCAGGACUCUGCUGAGGCUGCUGCUGCUGGAUGGGAAGCACAGCUAGAGGCGUUACCAUGGAGACGCAGCAUCACUUCCCACAGAGAGGUCAGCUGAUUCGUUUAUUUCUGCCACCGUGCCAGAAAGUAUCUAACAAGACGAGACGGUAUGAAGUCAGAUUGGUUGUUCCUUCUUCUAAAGGAACGACUGGAAAUGUAGUCGCAGUCAGAAAAGGAACCUCCGGUUCUAACAAGAACAAGUGCAGAUACUUUGUGUCACAGUGGCAGCAGCUCAUAAGAAAAGCUGACGAUCAUUAAAAUUAGAAAAAGGUGAACAGUCUUUUAAUUUGUCCAAAAGGAAAAGUGUAAAUUGAAGAGUCACAAAAACAAACGUCAGAGAGAAGUCGUGUCAGUGUGAUGGAUGAACUGCUGGACGGGAAGUGAUCGUGUGACUGUUUACACCUUUAAAGGAGCAGUUCGACAUUUCUGUAAAUCUGUUUUCUCCAGAGCCACAUUUCAUCUCUGCGGGUGCAGUACAACAGACACAGAAACACCAUAGCAACCAGCUGGAAUCACUGUGCAAUCACCAGUUCACGAUGUAACAACUCCAUAGCAACCACAUAGACGGGCCUUAACAACCCCAUGUUGCUAUAACAACAUGCGUCGGAAGCCAGCUGACCCCUCCGCUCCUUUCAGCGCGAACCUUUCAACAGUCUCUGUGCGUUUUGUGGUUUCUUCAUUCCAUCGGUCCUAUACAGUUUUUUUCAGACGUGUUAGCACAGAGACUGGGAGCGGGGGGAACUGUUAGCCUAGCUUAGCACAGAGACUGGGAGCGGGGGGAACUGUUAGCCUAGCUUAGCACAGAGACUGGGAGCGGGGGGAACUGUUAGCCUAGCUUAGCACAGAGACUGGGAGCGGGGGGAACUGUUAGCCUAGCUUUACCAGCACUGGUCAGGGAUGUAUUAAUAGUAUUAAUGCCAAUUUUUCCCUGUGGUCAGUUGUGAUACUGCACCUGAAGCCCCCCCCCCCAAUACAAACAGGGUCAGUCAUCACUGUCUGUUUUGAAUAGUUUAUAUUGCGCCGUAUCACUUCCUGUCCCGGCAUGAAAGCAUGAAGUCAUGUACCUGUGUUUGUGUUUAAAUACUUACAGCUGAUUGGUCACCUACAGUCCAGGUGUGUCUCCAGCUGCUUUGUGUGAUUAUAACAGAGAACUUAAAGAGUCACUGUUUAUUUGUAUAAAGUUGUAAAAAACAGAAUUAAAUGUAUUAAAAAUGUAGAUUUACAUUAAA